GCGGUGCUGAGGCACGAGCGCUGCCGCGCGGCUUAGACUCGGGCGGUGGCUCUGUUGGUCGGUUGGUUUUCGUCCUGCGUAGCAGGGCGCGCGCGGCCGCGAUGAGCUGGGACCUGCUGCUCUGGCUGCUGGCGCUGUGCGCGCUGCUCGCGCUCGUGGUGCAGCUGGUACGCUUCCUGCGGGCCGACGGCGACCUGACCCUGCUGUGGGCCGAGUGGCAGGGGCGACGCCCAGAAUGGGAGCUGACUGAUAUGGUGGUGUGGGUGACUGGAGCAUCAAGUGGGAUUGGUGAAGAGCUGGCUUACCAGCUGUCCAAACUAGGAGUUUCUCUUGUGCUGUCAUCCAGAAGAGUGCAUGAGCUGGAAAGGGUGAAAAGAAGAUGCCUUGAGAAUGGCAAUUUGAAAGGAAAAGAUAUACUCAUUUUGCCCCUUGACCUGACUAACAGAAGUUCCCAUGAAAUGGCUACCAAAGCAGUUCUCCAGGAGUUUGGCAAAAUUGACAUUCUGGUCAACAAUGGUGGAGUAUCCCAGCGUUCUUUGUGUGUGGACACCAGCCUGGACGUCUACAAGGAGCUAAUAGAGGUUAACUACUUAGGGACGGUGUCCUUGACAAAGUGUGUUCUGCCUCACAUGAUUGAGAGGAAGCAAGGAAAAAUUGUUACUGUGACUAGCCUCCUGGGUGUUAUAUCUGCACCCCUUUCUGCUGGAUAUUGUGCCAGCAAACAUGCUCUUCAGGGAUAUUUUAAUACCCUCCGAAUUGAACUUGCUACAUACCCAGGUAUAACAGUUUCUAACAUUUGCCCAGGACCUGUGCAAUCAAAUAUUGUGAAGAAUGCCCUAACUGAAGAAGUCACAAAGACUACAGGCAGCGAUGCAGAUCAGUCCCACAAGAUGGCAGCCAGUCGUUGUGUGCAGCUGAUGUUAAUCAGCAUGGCCAAUGAUUUGAAGGAAGUUUGGAUUGCGGAUCAGCCUUUUUUGUUAAUGGCAUAUUUGUGGCAGUAUAUGCCAACCUGGGCCUGGUGGAUAACUGACAAAUUAGGAAAGAAAAGGAUUGAGAACUUUAAGAAUGGUGUGGAUGCAGAUUCCUCUUAUUUUAAAAUCUGGAAGACAAAAUAUCAGUGAAGGAGUACUUGCAUUUUUCAAGCCAAUGGAAAGAGAAACGGAAAACAUGACAACAGCAAUUUUCUUAUGCACUGAAGACUUUGUGAUUUUACUUCUUAAUAGAUACAACUUUCCUUUCAACGUGUAAUAAAUAAGAUUGCCAGGAGUCUUGCAAUAAGGGUAUUAAUACAUACUACAUUCCUGGAUUAAAGAGCAUUUUAACAUACUCUAGCAUGUAUGCUUAAAAUCUAGGUGAGCAGAAUGCCAACCAAAGAAUUACAGUAAUCCAUUUAGCAUAAAUGCAUGGAAUAUUACAUGAAGCAGAGUGCUGGGGAAUGGGCAGAUAUAAAGAAGUGUCUGAAAUGGCCUGCCUCCAAGGUGCUUACACUCUUGGAAGAGUUGACAGGUACAAAUGACUGGAAUUUGAAGCCGUUGGUAGGACUCAUAGCAGCCAUAAUUGAUUAAAAAUCUAUUAUAUGUCA